AUGACCGUUUUAAAGGAUAUGAUCAGUAAAAGUACAGAAAAUGCGAUGGAGCGGUUAAAGGAGGUAUUAGAAGUUGCAAGACAGCACGAACUAAUAAUUAACUGGGGAAAAUGCCGAUUCUUACAAACUGAAAUCGAGUAUUUGGGACACAUUGUGUCAAAAGAAACCGUUAGACCAUCCGAAAUUAAAACUAAAGUAGUCGCCAAUUUCCCUAAGCCAACGACGGUUAAGAAGGUACAGAGCUUUUUAGGAUUGACUGGCUACUUCCGAAAAUUUAUUCAAGGGUAUGCAAAGAUAGCCAGGCCGGCAUUGAAGACAGCCCUUGCGAGUGGACCUGUACUCAUAUAG